UAAAUAAAUAUUUAUAUAUAUUGAUUCAAUUGACUUUUACUUGUUUCUUUAGGAAUUGUUAAUUGUAAACAGUUAUAGUAAGACUUAUACCAAUAUAACAUCACUAUUUACAAAUGUCUACUCCAUUCGGUAUUGAUUUAGGUACUUCCAAAUCAGUCAUUUCAGCUGCCAGAAAUGGUGGUAUUGAUGUCAUUGUUAAUGAAGUUUCCAACCGUGCUACUCCAUCUUUAGUUGGGUUUGGUCCAAAGAAUAGAUUAAUUGGAGAAAGUGCUAAGAAUAAACAAAUCUCCAAUGUUAAAAAUACCGUUGAUAACAUAAAGAGAAUUGUUGGAUUAGAUUUUGAUGAUGCUGAUUUAGAAAUUGAAAAGAAAUAUUUCACUGUUCCUUUAGUUAAAGAUGCCGCCACUGGGGGUGUUAGUGCUAAAGUCAGAUUAGGUGAUACUGCUCAUAAAGAAACUAAAGCCAAUCUUGAACAAGUUGCUCUUUCUGUUCCAUUAUGGUAUAAUGAAAAACAAAGACAUGCUGCUGCUGAUGCUUGUAGAAUUGCUGGUUUAACCCCAGUUCAAAUCGUCAAUGAAGUCACUGCUGCUGCUGUUGGUUAUGGUGUUUUCAAAGCUAAUGAAUUACCAGUUGAUGAACCAAAAAAAAUUGCUUUUAUUGAUAUUGGUCAUUCAUCUUAUCAAAUUUCUAUUGCUUCUGUUAAGAAAGGAGAAUUAAAAAUUUUAGGUUCUGCUUAUGAUAAACAUUUUGGUGGUAGAGAUUUCGAUUAUGCUAUUGCUGAACAUUUUGCUAAAGAAUUUAAAGAUAAAAAGAAGUUGGAUGUUCAUGAAAAUCCAAAAGCUUUUUACAGAGUUUUAGUUGCUUCUGAAAAAGUUAAGAAAGUUUUAUCAGCUAAUUCUCAAGCUCCAUUCAGUGUUGAAUCUCUUAUGGAAGAUGUUGAUUUCUCUUCUUCUUUAACCAGAGAAGAAUUAGAAGCUUAUGUUCAACCAUUAUUAAACAGAGUCAAUGUUCCAAUUGAAGCUGCUUUAAAAGAUGCUGGUUUAACUAUUGAAGAUAUUGAUUCCGUUGAAGUUAUUGGUGGUUGUACUAGAGUUCCAUCCUUAAAACAAAAAUUAACUGAUAUUUUCGGUAAACCAUUAUCUUUCACUUUAAAUCAAGAUGAAGCCAUUGCUAGAGGUAAUGCUUAUAUUUGUGCUGUUCAUUCUCCAACUGUUAGAGUUAGACCAUUCAAAUUCAGUGAUUAUAAUCAAGAUGCCGUUACUUUUAGUUGGGAUAAACAAUUAGAAGAUGAUGAAAAUGAAAUAGAUUUCCCAAGAGAUCAUAAAGUUCCAAAAGAAUUUACUAUUAAAUUCCAAGCUAAACAAGAUUUUGAAGCUUCUCUUAGAUAUACUGGAUCACCAAUUGAUUCUAAACCAAUUGCUAAAUGGCAAGUUAAAGGAGUUGUACCAAAAGAAGGUGAAUCUGAAAUUGAAGUUAAAUUAUAUGUUGGAGCCAAUGCUUCAGGAUGGUAUACUCUUGAUGCUGCUGAAACUAGAGAAGAUACUUUAGUUAAAGUUUUAGUUGAACAUGAAGAUGAAGAAGAUGCUGAACCAGAAUAUAAAGAAGAAAAGAAGAAUAAUAUUUAUGAAUUAAGAGGUAAAUUGGAAGAUCAAUAUAAAGAUUUUGCUUCUGAACAAGAAAAGGAAACUUUAACUGCUUUAUUGUUAAAGACUGAAGAUUGGUUAUAUGAUGAAGGUGAAGAUGCCAAGAAAGCUAAAUAUAUUGCUAAAUAUGAAGAAUUAGCUUCUAAAGGAACAAGAAAAGAAGAAGCCAAUAGACAAAAGCAAGAAGCUGCCAACACUGCUGCUCUUCAAGAAAGACUUGCUGCUUCAAGAGGUCAAAAACCAACUGAAGAAAAAGCUGCUGAACCAGAAGAUAUUGAAAUGGAUUAGAUUUUUCCAUUCCAAUAAUAAAAACUAUAUCAACCGUUUAUAGAAUUUGUGAUUGAUUUUUUUCCAAUAAUAUUCAUGGUCAUACCUGUAUGGGUGUGAUUAACGAACCAAAGUCAUGUUAGAUUAGGAUUUAAUAGUAAUAAUAUAUCUAUCUUGAUGAUAUUUACUUAUACAUAAUAUUAGCUUUCUCUCUAUAUAUUUUAAAUUUGUAUGUAUGUUUAAUUAUCUAUUUAUCAUUGUUGUUAUAA